AUGCUGAUAACCCGCACCUUCUCACUCACAAACUUCCUCAUCGGCUCGUCAGCCCUCUGCUUCCAGAUCUUCGUACUUUACCCGUGGCAUGAAAAGCUAGAAGAAGAGUUCGUGGAACUGAAGAAAGAACACGCGAGGUUACUGGAGGAGACGCACGAAAGGCACAGGGGAGAGUUGAGGGGCAUUAGAGAACAAUUGGAGUUGGCCAACGAGCGGAGGAAGACUGGGAAGUUUUGGUAG